AUGGAGAAAGCCAACCACAGCUCCUUCUCGGGCUUCAUUCUUCUUGGCUUCUCCAGCAGGCCCCAGCUGGAGUCUGUACUCUUCCUUGUCAUCCUGGUCUUCUACUUUCUGAGCCUUCUAGGCAACAGCACGAUUAUGUUUCUGUCCCUUGUGGAUCCUCGCCUCCACACUCCCAUGUACUUCUUCCUCUCCAAUCUCUCCUUUAUGGAUCUCUGCUUGACCACCUGCACUGUCCCUCAGACACUGGUCAACUUCAGGGGCAGGGGCAAGACCAUCAGCUAUGGUGGCUGUGUGGCCCAGCUGUUCAUCGCCUUGGGGCUUGGGGGAGUGGAGUGUGUGCUCUUGUCUGUGAUGGCCUACGACCGCUAUGCAGCUGUCUGCCGCCCGCUGCACUACACGGUGGUCAUGCACCCCCAGCUGUGUUUGCGGCUUGUCGUGACUGCCUGGAUGACGGGGUUCAGUAACUCUGUGGUGCAGACGGCGAUGACCAUGACUCUGCCCCUCUGUGGUAAGAACCAGCUGGACCAUUUCUUCUGUGAAGUCCCGGUGAUGCUCAAACUGGCCUGCACCGACACCUCCAUCAACGAGGCUGAGCUCUUCGCCGUCAGCGUCUUCUUCUUGGUGGUGCCUCUGUCUCUCAUCCUGGUGUCCUAUGGCCACAUUGCUCAUGCAGUUCUGAAGAUGAAGUCGGCCCAGGGCAGGCGGAAGGCUUUUGGGACCUGUGGCUCCCACCUCCUGGUGGUGGUCAUUUUCUUUGGUACUCUCAUUUCCAUGUACCUCCAGCCACCCUCCAGUUACUCACAGGAUGUGAACAAAAGCAUAGCUCUCUUCUACACUCUGGUGACUCCUCUGCUGAACCCCCUCAUCUAUACCCUGAGGAACAAGGAAGUCAAAGGUGCGCUGAAGAGACUAGUAGUGGGGAGAACCGUGGGCUCGAGAGAGAGCUAG